GUGGGGCUGAGCGGCCCGGCCCCACCGCCCCGCGCCGGACCCCGGCACCGGCUCCACCGCUUCGCGCCGGGACAUACCCCGAUAGUGCACCCCCUUCCCGCCGCAGCUUCCUCCUGCCGGGCUGGGCCCGCACACCUCCGCCCCGCAUGGCUGGGCCGGCUCCGCCGCAGCCCUGAGCCGCCCCGUGCCUCCGCCGCGGCCGCCCGGCCCCUGAGCCCCCGCUCGGCCUGUUCGCGGCGGUGCAGGUGCGGGACCACGAAGAUGUUCUCGGCCCUGAAGAAGCUGGUGGGCUCGGACCAGGCUGCGGUCCGCGACAAAAACAUCCCUGCGGGGUUGCAGUCCAUGAACCAGGCGCUGCAGAGGAGGUUCGCCAAGGGAGUCCAGUAUAACAUGAAAAUUGUCAUCCGGGGGGACAGGAACACUGGGAAAACCACACUCUGGCACCGACUGCAGGGAAAGAAAUUUAUUGAGGAAUAUAUUCCAACUCAGGAGAUCCAAGUCACCAGCAUCCACUGGAAUUACAAAACCACUGAUGACAUUGUGAAAGUUGAAGUCUGGGAUGUGGUGGACAAAGGAAAAUGCAAAAAACGAGGAGAUGGUUUGAAACUGGAGAAUGACCCUCAGGAGGCAGAAUCAGAAAUGGCUCUGGAUGCAGAGUUCCUGGAUGUCUAUAAGAACUGCAAUGGUGUAGUGAUGAUGUUUGACAUCACCAAGCAGUGGACAUUUAACUAUAUUCUGAGGGAGCUUCCUAAAGUGCCGACCCACGUUCCAGUGUGUGUGCUUGGGAAUUACCGGGACAUGGGGGAGCACCGGGUCAUCCUGCCUGGUGACGUGCGGGACCUCAUUGACAACCUGAACAGGCCUCCCGGCUCCUCCUAUUUCCGCUAUGCUGAGUCUUCCAUGAAGAACAGCUUUGGCCUCAAGUACUUGCACAAGUUCUUCAACAUCCCCUUCUUGCAGCUGCAGAGGGAGACCUUGCUACGGCAGCUGGAGACAAAUCAGCUGGAUAUUGAUGCAACUCUGGAGGAGCUGUCACUACAGCAAGAGACUGAAGACCAAAACUACGAACUCUUUCUGGAAAUGAUGGAAGCCCGAAGCCAAGGACACACAUCACCACUAGCAACAAACGGACAGAGCCCCUCUUCCGGCUCCCAGUCACCCAUCGUACCUCCCAGCUCCACAUCGACAGGCAGCUCCAGCCCCGGCACCCCCCAGCCGCCACUGCCACUUGCCACAGGCACCAUCAUCUCUCCUGACCCCACCCCAUCCUUCUCACCAGUGCCUGCACCCGAGGCCCCGCAGCCCCCCACACCCGCCGCAGCUCCCGCGGCCCCCCCAGCCGCGGCUCCCCCACCCAGGCGUGGCAUCAUCGCGCGGCUCUUCGGGACGUCCCCCGCAGCUGAGCCCACUCCUCCCCAGCCAGAUCCUGCUGCUGCCGCCACUCCUCCCUCCCACCCUGUAGCCCCUGCCAAGGUACAAAGCGUGGAGGACUUUGUUCCUGAGGACAGCCUGGACCACAGCUUUCUGGAAGACCCAGUGCUGCAGAAAGACAAAGGGAAACCACAGGCCAAACACCGUGUGGAUAGUGAAAGUGAUGGAGAGGCAGCUGGAGGGAACCCCAUGGUGGCAGGUUUCCAAGACGACCUGGAUCUGGAUGACAAAAUCCCCAGCAGACCAAUGGUGGUAGCAGAACGGGUGCCCAGCAAGAACAUCACCCUCUCCAGUGAGGAGGAGGAGGAAGAAGAGGUGAAAGACUCUAAGGUCAUACUCAUAUCUGAUGGAGACAAAAACACAGAGCAGGAAAAAAAAAGGUCUUCCAGAAAUUCUGUGAAACCCCAGAGUGAAGCAAUUUUGACCAAAGCAACUGACCCGAAGCCUCCUGACAGUUUACCUCCCCAUUCUGGGUCUGAACGAAACAACAGCAGCAAGGGCAACAUAAGCCUGGCAGCUCCUUCUGCUGCCCCCACAGCAGCAGCCCAGGCCUCAAUGGUCACUGCCCAAAGCAAAGGACUUGCUUCCAAGCAGAAAGUGGUCAAAGAAGAGAAGCCUGAGGAGUCUGACACUGAUCAAGAGGGACCAAUAGCUACUCAGAUGCUCUCAUUUGUUAUGGAUGACCCAGACUUUGAAAGUGAGGAUUCUGACAGCCAGAAGAAAAAAAUGGAUGAAUUCCCAGUGCGGGAAGAUCUCUCUGAAAUAUCUGAUGAUGAUACCUCGCUGGCAAAACCACCCCAGCCUAUGAAAUCAACAGUCCCCUCCUUUAAACUGAAAAAUGAUUCAGAUCUCUUCGGCUUGGGUUUGGAAGAAGCUGGUCCCAAGGAGAGCAGCGAGGAAGAUAAACAGGCUUCUAAGGAGAAAAAGAAGAAGAAAAAGAAAAGCAAAGAGGAAGAGGACAAGUCAGUGAAAAAGAAGACCAAACACAAGAAGAGCAAAGAGAAGGAGGAGAGCAAAGAGGAGAAAGAGAAAAAGAAAAAGAAAAAGAAGAGCAAGGAGAAAAGCAGUGAGAUAGAUGAACUUGAGGCUUUUCUUGGUGGAGGAGGAGCCAGCAUGAGCAAACCACGGGGCGAGGGAGACUACGAGGAGCUGUAGUUUGGCUGCUAGUGGACUCUGCACCAUGGCUGUCUCCAUCUUCUCUGACAAGUCACCCUGGGACAGGCACAGAUGUGUAAAGCUUUGGCCCUUUGCUGUAUAGUCUCUCAAACCAGAGUGAGCAAAACAAAAGCUUUUCAUCUGUGUGUGCUGCUCUGGUACAUCGUUACACAAAGAAAACCCAGCUGAGAUGUACGUGAGCCAGAGGAAGGUUCAGGAUAUGGCUCCCAGGCCUGCUGUCAGGCUGUCAGUUUUUCUCCUUCCAGAGAUGCCCCAUCAGGUCACUGGCAUGCUGCGGGGUGAGGGGACCUGCCUCCUGCUGCAUUCCACUCCUUCACACCUGAAAUUCCUGUCUGGCUAAGAGGAGUGCAACAAAAGAUGCUGCAUGAACGCGUCGUACUCGACUGUCUCAAGUCUUUAACUUCUUAUCCUUGCUGUUUUUUAAGGAGAAAGGAGAUACUGGCCAUUGCUUCACCCAGCAGUUGAUGAGCUUUAAGUAAAGCAGAUCAUGCUAUAGUACAGCUCUCUAAAGCAGCAGGCAUGGGGACCGUGUGAGAGAGAGAGUGUGUGAUUGUUGAAGUCCUUUGAACGGGAACCUUUCUGCACAGCAGCUUAAUUAGCCCUCACUGGUGCUGCUGUUGGAAUUCAUGAAGCUUACUGAUUUCCGUGGCCCCAGUGUCUCAGACACUACAUGUAAGCUGCUAUGCAGUUUGGGAAAACAUUGAAAAGUGCAAAGCUAACUUGAAAGAGAGAGAAAAAUCAGUGCUUUUCUGCAUUUCCUACCCUUGAAUUUGCGUGUUCCAGAACCCACUGCUGCUGGGACCUCUCAGGGACAUGACUCCAUGUGGAUAUGAAGAUAUCCAGAGCUUCAGAAUUGGCUACAGGGCAAUGUUAGCAUGGCAAGGCAUUUGCUUCUCAGGCAUUUUCCGGUCAGGCUGUAAACCCCAGCUGCUGCUCUGUGCCAAGAGGGACCAGCACUGCAGCUCAGCAGCAUCUGUCCUGCUCCAGCUUCUGUCCAUCCUGCAGCCAGCCAGCGUUCUGCCUUUCCUGCCCCAAGCAGAGAGCAUCCUCUAUCCCAUGAGUUUGGGAAGCCUUUUAGGUUUUCCUUUGAACUUAUAUCUAUGGAUUAUUACCUGCUCAGCAGCCAUUGGAUGGGCACUACGGCCACCCCUUGGCACUCACCUGUGUCUCAGUGAGCAGCCCCUGUGUUUGAUGGAGCUGGUCAGUUCUCUGUGCCCCUCUUGCUUGGAAGUUGAUUUGAGGUUUGAUUUUGUUGUCCCUCACCCCUUUCUGUUAUAAAAUGUCAGCCAUGAAAUCUAAACAGGAGUUUCCUUCUGCAUCUCUAUAAAGCAAUGUGUUGUUUUGCUCCAUUAACCACUCCAGAGCUGUCUUGACCAGCAGGCAUUUCCUGCUCCAUUUUUCUUUUUCUUGUGCCCAAAAUGCACUUGUAACCAUUUCCCUAUAAAACAAACUCGUUUUUUGCUGCCUGAGCAAUGUGUUGUUCGGGUCUGUCUGCCAUUAGCAUUUGCCUCCUCUGAGUAUUCCACGUAGCACUGUAGGUAAAUUGCAUGGGACAGUUCAAACUUUGCACAUCCAAGGAGGAAAAAGAAGAUUGAGACGGGACCAGUUUGCAGCCCUUUUGGGCAAAGGCAGGAGGUGGAAGCUUGAGUCUCAGCUGCCAUGGUCCUGAAAGUGCUUCUAUUCCAUCAGGAUUUUGGGUCAUGUUCCAUUUUUGCAUUGAAAAACCCUGAUACAGUCCAUUCUGACUAUAAAGCUCUGUUG